GAAGAUUGGAAAAGAAGAUGAGAAAAAGGACUAAAUUGAAGAAAUGAAAAAUUGGAGGGUCUUUCCUUCCUCUGGAACCAACCUCCUUCCCAAACCAACCGGCAGCUAUCACCGCGCCCUACGCCCACCCCUGCACACUGCGCCUGCUCUCCCCUCUGCACACAAGCAAUCAUACCUACCACACGCCUACACGCCCUACCCCUGCACGCCUACACUUUUGCUCUGCACCAACCCAGCCGCUUUUGCCCGCCUGCUGCACCAGCUCUGCACGCCCGAGCCAUCAUCGCCCCUCGCACGCCCGGCCUUGCUCUACCCUACCCCCUGCCACACCUGCACCUCUGCUGCUGCACCGAAUCAGCCCCUUGGCCGCCUGCCCCUUUCUGCACCCGAACCCCUGCACUCAUUACCCCCCUUUUGCUUGCUGCCUGCUUGGCUGCGCCUAUAUGCACUCAUCACCUGCCUCUUCCCCGAACGAAUCGCCAGCCGAUCCCGCACUCAUUACCGCUGUAACCCGAUCUUGCACCCGCUUUGAUGGUCUGUUCCCCUUGUCUCGUUUUUCUGCAGUGUGGGUAUAAAUAGAGGGUGUUCUUGGUUGAUAAGGGGGCUGGGGGGGUUGAUUGUGGAGUUUUGGUGUUUGCUUUGGUUGAAGUUUGGAGUUGAUUUUGGGGGGGGUCUGUGGUUGAUUUUCGGAGUUGAUUUGGAAGUCUCUGUUUGUUUUUUUUUGAGAGCAGUAAAGGGAAAUUCCGAGAAGAGGAGGGGUUUAGUUGAGAGGAGAAAGGGGUGGUUGUCCUUUUUGUGUGUUUCAUUUUUUAUAGAAGUCCGAAAGAGGGAAGGGUUUUUCUCUUGUCUCUUGUGGUUCUGGAGUUUGGGUAUUGCUGGCAGUAAGAAAAAGAGGAUCGUCGAGCUUCCAGAACUCACCGAAGGAGGUUGUCCAUUUUCUGGGUUUUCAUCCUAGGUACAGCUUUGAAACAGAGGAUUUUGUUAGGAAAAAAUGGUGAAGGAGAUGAUGGAAGCUUGACCCCGUGGGUGGGGUUCCUUCCAUCAAAUCCAAAUCUGUUGUUCCUAAAAAAAUCCGUCAUGUUUGUUUAUUUGCUUGUUUCUGUUGACUUUUAUUUAUGGUUAAGAUGUUAAGCAUGUGUAUUUUCAGUUAAAAAUGAAUGAGAAAGCAAAGAUUGCCUAGUUCGUUUUGUCUGAUGAAUGUGCUCUUUCCUUGUUGUUAGUAAAAAUGUGAUUUUUUU